GGAGCUGGAGCAGCGCCUGAACGGGUCCACAUCCCGCACGAUGGCGGCAAUAUCAUUAGGUUUUAUAGUGAUCAUCACCCCCUGGACGAUACAGGAGAUCGUGGCCACGUGUACGGGAUCGAAGAUACCACCUUCGAUAGACUUCUGCGUCACAUGGAUAGCUUUAAGUAGUAGCUUUUGGAAUCCCUUCCUGUACUGGCUGCUGAAUGCGAGAUUUCGAAGAAUCUGUAAGGAUCUUCUCACGUCUAAGUGCAUCAGCAGCCAAACUUCGCUGGAGGAAAAGUACAGCAUGAGUCUGGAGUACGAUCAUCAGCUGCUGUCGGGAGCACUGCCACUUCCGCCGGGACCUCCGCCGGCCACGAUCUGCCGCUCGGCUAACCACACGCCCCGGUCCGAGUACGAGCUGGGCUCGGCCAAGUACUGGGGCAACAUCCUGGAGCGAACCUUCAGUACCGGCAGUAUGAAUGCCAUUCACCACAGUACCUCAUCCGGAUCGUACCAUCAACAACAACAGCAAGGACAUCCGAUGACCCUGCAUCGGCACCAUCAUCGACAACAUCGUCAACAUCAGCAGCAACAUCAACAGCACCACCAUCAGCACCAAAAUGGGAACAGCAUUCUGCAUAAAUCGACCUUAUCGAUUGGGAAAGAACUUCACGCCGGGAUGACGAGAUCCGAAAGUUCAGAAUUUACGGUAGUCUUUCCGACUACCAAUUCCGACCCUCAGAUGUCUUCCUGUGAGCAUGAACUGCACGAUAUCAACUGUGCCAAGAAUCAAGCUUUUUUCGUUGGGUUCAACCAUCACCAGACGCUACCUGAUAUCUAGUAUUGCAGGAAACGGAAACCGGGAGGGUAAAAUGUUCUGAAACAAUGCGAUAUGAGGUUUUUACCUACUAGAUAAGUGUUUUGUAUGAAAUCUCAUGGAUGCAUAGAUAUAGGGUAGCAAAUUUUCAAAUGAAAUUUGAAUUAUCGUCAAUCAACUUCCAUUAAGAGUUUUAAAAAUUCAUUGAGAUUAUUGUAUAACCUGCCUGCGAUCACUUAUGCCUAUGUUUACCUGAACUGUCGUAUCUGACUAAAAUAUUAUUUCAAUAAUCGCAGAUGGAGGGGAGGAUUAUUUAGAAAAAAAAAAGAAUACAUGAUCAA